CUCCUCGUGUAAUCUCGGGGUUAUCUAGUUAGAUUUACGUCGCGUUCAUCAGUCGUACACUUGUCGUCAUCACGUUCGUGUGUCACCCAUCGCGAUCGUUUCAGGUGGCUCUCCGCGAUGCAUCUCUUCUGUCUAAUCGCCUUUCUAGGUUUACAAGCAGUGACAGCACUUGAAUGGGGAUAUUGGGGCAAAUAUGGACCAAAAAGCUGGCCCGGAAUGUGCAGGACAGGAAAGAAACAAUCACCGAUUGAUAUCGUGACGGAAGAUGCCAUAAGAAUUGAUCUUGGUGCUCUCAAAUUCGAUCGAUACGAUUUCGCGUUUUCUGGUACACUUACUAACAAUGGACAUACCAUACAAGUUAAAUUGCAUGGUAUACCGAUCCAUGUAAGCGGAGGAAGUUUGCCAUCGGUAUACACUCUGGAGCAGAUGCAUUUUCAUUGGAGUGCCGAACAUACCGUGGACGGUUCUCGUAAUCCGUUGGAGUUGCAUUUAGUACAUUACGACAAUCAGUACGCGAAUUUUAGCGAAGCCGCGCAGCAUGAGAACGGGAUUGUCGUUGUCGCGGUUCUGUUUGAAUUUAACAAUUACGACAAUCCGGAUUUAAUGCCGAUUCUAGAGUCGACGAAAAUGGUAUCAAACUGGGUGGGAAAGAACAUGGUACCGAUAAGAACUAAACUAAUACCUCUGAUGUUUCUACCAAAGGAUCAUACGACAUAUUAUCAUUAUGAGGGAUCUUUGACCACGCCGGGAUGCCAGGAAUCUGUAAUGUGGUUUGUCAUGACUGAAAAACUCCCGAUAUCGGAGGCGCAGGUGAAUGUGUUCGAACAUGUUCAGAGCAAUAAUGGCACACUGAAGUACAAUUACAGACCCAUACAGAAGCUCGGGAAUAGAAAGGUGUACCAUCGUCUGGACGGAUAUAACAGCGCAUCGUCCUUGCAUACUUCGAGUAUUAUUUGCAUGAUUGUCAAUGUUUUUCUAGUCAGUCUUUUAGGCAAGAAUUUAUAAUAGUUCUGAAAUACCAAAGCUGAACUUUAUGUUACAACGUGUGUAAUGAGACAUAACAACUGCGUGUGAUAUAUUGUUAUAUACAUUGCUCUAGAAGAAACGAAA